AUGGAUUUAAGUGAACAAGCAGCUAUUGCCCCAAGUAUGAGGCGUUUUUCUGGAUUUUCUGCUGAUCCUUCCUCUCUUUUUCUCAUGAAACAACAAAAACAACAAAUAAAUAAAGGGAAUAAAAAUUUGGGUGAUAAUAGUGAAAAUGGGGGAGAAAUUGGUAAAAUGGAAGAAUUUUUUAAGAAAAUUUCGGAAAAAUUUUUUCUUUCAGAUGAUGUAAAUUUUCUUUCUCGAUUUCUUUGUCCAGAAGAUGAAAUUCAGGAUGAGAAUAUUCCUUGGACAUGGGAUUCAUUAUUUGCAAGUGUAACAAGCGAAUUAAGAGAAGAAUGGGCAUUGGAAGAGGAAGCAGCAAAUAGCGGAGGGGGAGGUGUUAAUGAUCAAAUGCCUGGUGGAGGGAUACCUACAAAUAAUUUACAACAAAAGGGAUAUUAA